CCAGACCAUCGCAAAGGAGGCGCUGGCAUCUAGGGCACCUACUAGAGCUCAUGGGAUCGAACUCGGCAAAGUGAUAUAUAUUAGGUCAUAAUUUACAAUGCCGAAUACUGCCCCUCAGGCCGGGGCCCUCGCAGCAAGAGCUGAGCAAAAGCUAACGUCGCGGCCACGCGCUAAACCUUCAGAGCGCGAGGCUUGGGCUGACGAAGUAUGCUUUCUUGAGACUGCAGACGACCCUGAUGCUCUUAUCGCCGACCCGGGCGAGUGUAGUGUCCAGGAUGUUGCGCCCAGUUUUGCGACCUUUCUACCAAGAGGCAAUGCUGGCCGAUUUGAGCCAGGCAUGGCGCUGGAGAUCGCUGCUAGCUGCUCGGAUGGUUCGUGGCUCGACCCAGGCCCCGCCUCGAGCACCCUCGCCCAGCAGGAGAGCAACAGCCGAUACCCAGCCAUGGGUGUCGCCCAGCCCUUCCCUCAAGCCCCCAGCACAAGUAGAAGCGACGGCGCAAACCUGGAGCCAGAAGUUGAUGCCACCGUGUGGCCCAUCGGAGCGAGCACACGGUCGCAGGCUGACAGCGCCUCCGGCCGGGUGACUGCAGCUUCAGUGCCCCCCACCCCCUCAGGCGGCGCCUCCCUCCAGCGCGCCGCGCUCGUGAUCGACCGCGGCGGCGUUGGCAGCCGGCGAGACGGCAGCGGCGGCGGUGGCGGCGCUGCUGCCGCCGAGCCUGCUGCGGACGCCGACCCAGAUGCCGCGGCCGCCGCCGCCGAGCCGCCGCCGUCACCCACCGCCGACUCCGCUGCCGGAGCUGCCUCUACCUCCGCCGGCGCCAACUCCGCCGUCGCGGCCCUGCUCAAGCGCGUCAACUCCCACCUGCCGCACCUGCACCACCUGCUCGGAUCCGCCGCCGAUGCAGCCGCUGGCGGCGACCUAGCCGUCGGUAGCCGGCCGGGCAUCGACGCCGCCGCCGCCGCCGCGCUCGCCGCCACGAACCGGGCCCGGUACGCCACCGCCGUGGCAGCCUCCAUGCAGCGGCAGCAGCGGGAGCGGCUGGCGCCGGCGGACCUGUUCCUGGUGGUGCACGUGGAGGCGGCGCAGGACCUGCAGCCCGGCCGCCGCGGAGGACUCACCACCUGCGACCCGUACGUCAAGGGCUGGCUGCAGUGGCCUGUGCGCACCGGCGGCGGCGGCGGCAAUGGCCGGGCGGCGGCGGUGCAGCACACACCGGCGCAGAAGACGCGCAUGCUUUUCGUGAACCGGCACCCUAUGUGGCACCAAAGGCUGGCGUUCGGCCUGGCGGGUGUGGGCGAGGCGGCGGAGCUGUGUCUGCAGGUCAAGGACUUCGACGGCCGCCUGGCGUCAGCCAGUGUGGCAGGCCAGGUGGCGCCGCUGCCCCUGGCGCAGGUGCUGCGGAAUGUGCAGGACCUCGGCCGGGACCAGGCAUACAGUCUGGACCUGCGGGCUGAGGACGGCACGCCGCGGCCCGGGCAGCUGCGUGUGCACAUCUCCGUGCACGAGCAGGCCGCCUACGCGCAGGCCACGGUGCUGGCUGACGCGAUGGAGCGGCGCGCCACGGUGGCGGUGGCGCUGCGCGGCCGGCGGCUGCACGUGGGCUGCAGCCAGCUGAGCGGCCUCACGGGGCUGCGGGGGCGGGAGCACGACCUGGUGCUGGAGUUCAGGCUGUGUGGGGUGGUGGUGCAUCGCCCCCUCAACUGCCUGGGCAUCAGCGGCGGCAGGGCGCGGCCGCAGCAGCUGGACGGCGCCGCCGCAGCCGCAGAUGCGGAUGCUGCAGUUGGGGUUGCCGGUGGCGGUGGCGGUGGCGGUGGCGGUGGCGAUGCUGUCGGCGGCAGUGCCGAAGCGGCCGCACCGCCGCCGCUGCUGGCCGCGGCGGAGCUGUCUCUGGAUGAUGCUCUGCGCGAGCCACUGGACGCGUGGGCGGAGGAGCAAAAGUUCGGAGACGUGCACGUGACACUGCUGCUGCACAAGAAGAAGGACGGCGGCGUGGGCGGCGGCAAGGGCGGCGGCAAGGAGGCGCUCUGCAUCAACCCCGGAGACUACAAGGCCAUAGCGCGCACACAGGUGCCGCUGUGGGAUGUGAACAUUCGGCCGCGACCCAACACCGUCGCGGCGGGCGCUUGUGACGCCGCGACUGUCGAGCCGCCCGCCGCCGCGCCCGUCGCGCAACGCAUCUUGGCAGGGCUGAGCGCCGCCAACGCCGCACUGCCGCGCGGCUGGCCGGGGCCGCUGCUGGCGGCGGCGGUGGCGGCGCUGGUGGCCGCCAAGCUGCUGCCGCUGCUGGGCCUGCUGUCGCCGUCCGCCGCCAACGCCAUCAGCGGCGUCGCCUCGCUGGCGUUCAUGCUCGGCUUUGUCGGGCUGGCGGAGGCCGCCGCCGGCAGGUCGCGUCUAGGUGGCGGCGGAGCCGCCGCCAAGGCGGCGGCGGAGCCGCCACGGCCGCAGCUGGCUGAAAUGGAUCUUACGGCGCCGCCACUGGUGUACGGCAGGUGGUACAGCCGCCGCAUGGAGCAGCUGGAUGAGGCGGUGUUCCGGGCCCCGGCGGCGCAGGCGGCGGCGGGGGCGGGUGUGGCACGCGGCAUGCGCAGGGCGGCCGCCGCCGCCGCCACGGAGCCAGUGGAUGCGCGGUUGGUGCUGGAGAUCGUGCCGCCGCCGCCGCUGCCGCCGGCGGCGGCGGCCGCAGCCGCAGCCGCCGAGGUGCCGCUGCCGGUGGACUUCGACGUCCCCGAUGUGGACGCGCCCGCCGCGCCGCUGCCGCCGGCCGCCACCGCCGGACUGCCCGGCGGCGUGCCGGUGUGCCACAUGCUUCUGGGCUGCGGCCCCCACGCCGCCUUCAAGCACCUGUUCGCGCCGGGCUCGGAGCUGGCAUCGCGCGUGGCGGUCGCGCAGGGGGUGAUGGGCAUGAUGGUGCUCAAACCCUGGACCGCCGCCGGUGCCGCCGCCACCACCCCCUCGCCCUCGCCCUCACCCUCCGCGGCGACCGCGGCCGCCGCCGCCGCAACCUCGCCACCGCCGCAGCCAAUGAUGACCUGUGAGAUGACCUACAAGGCCAAGAGCAAGUGGCCGUUCAUUCCGGACUCGGCAGCCACACAGAAGCAGGAGGUGGUUGAGAAGUGCGACGGCGGCUGGGUGGUCGAGAACCGCAUUCUGCCCGACGUAUCCGCCGGCUUGGUCGCCAUCCGCGUCAAGGUGGUGGGGACGCAUGCGGGCCCCGGCAAGACGCUGCUAACGGCCACCCUGACCGUCGAGCACACGCACGCGACGCAGCGCAGUGGCUUGUUCCGGGUCAUCAAGGGCGCAGCGCCCGGCGCCACGCAGGGGUACUACGCGGAACUGCGCAAGCAGAUGGAGCUUCUGGGCAUCAGCGUCACGGACGCCCCCGCGACGGCACCUGCCGCUGCCUAGCAAUAUCACAUGCUCAGGUCGAGAGCCGGUGCGGUUGGCGCCACAGCUGCGGCGCCAGCGCCAGCAUUGGUACGCCAGACACCAGUGCCCACUGCACACGCCAGCCCCGGGCGCUGCCGGUGUGGAGGCUCUGUGGCAAGUGACUGUGACCCCCACAUGACAUGUCCAAGCUAGCUCGUUUCGCGAUGUAGCUAGCAUGUGGACUAGCUAGCAUGCGCAUUGCUACGGCAGGUUGCAGUGCAGUUUAGCGCAGUUGGGGUCGGGUUUCGUUUCAUUAACACCAUGCCAUGACAGCCACUCGUGGCUGCCCAUCAAGCUGGUCGGGCAAUCAAAACAUAAGGGGGGGUACUGGGGUUGAUAUAUUUAUGGAUCGCGACUGCUAGAUAGGCACCUGGUUUGGCGAUGUGCCUGUGGAAACCGACCCCGGCUAUGUCCGGGCGAUGAGGUUGUUCGGCUUCCGACUGUGGAGGGGCUCAGCCCGUUUUCCCGUGACCGGGGAACACUUGUCAGGAGCCGAGGGGUGAUGUCAUGCUGGGUUUCCCGCGACCGGGAGGGGGGGGGCAACGCCGCAAGGGGAAGGGCGGGGGCGGGGUGGGCCUGCUGACCACAUGCUGACCACGCGGUGUGACUGCUGCGAGGGAGGCCAGGUUUCGCGUCGGCUGCUUGUCCUUGUAAAAGUAGAAAGGA